AUUGGUAUUCUUUCUGUGUUGAUUUUGUUUGUAGGAGAAAAGUGAGAAGAUUUCUGUACUUCAUUUUUUUACUUAUUUCAAAAAACUACAAAUUCAUCAGCACCAGCUCUCUCACUCAAACUUCAUCCAAUCCUCCCAACUCAAACGCAUACACAAAUUCUCUUUCUCCCAAGUGGAACAACAAAAAAAAAUACUUUUUACUAUCAACCUUGCUGUUCAACAGGACUUUCCACCAACAACCGCUGUUUUUGAAAUUUUAACGGAGGAUAACGUCGACGGUUGACGAGAUUUAUAUUGGAUUUGUUAUUUUAAGAAAGGAUACGAGAUGAGAGUGUUUGUUGCUGCGGAAGAUUCUGGGAGUCUUAAAGACAUUUCGUUCUCGUUUGGAACAAAUACGAGCGUGAAGGGAUCGCGGGCUCCGAAUAUCACUACAUUUGCGUCCGAGGGUCGAUCUGCUUUUGUGCAGCGUAUGACGUUGGUCAAGCUCAGUGAUGGCAAACAAGGCAUCUGUGUUGCGCGAAAAGGCGGAAUCGUUCAGUUAUACGACAUAGACCCGCCGUACGCGCUUCUGAACGAGUGGAAAGGCCAGACUUUACACGGAGACUCGUUCGUCGGACUCGAGCAUGUGAAUGGGAUUCUUUCGAGCGUGACGUCGUCGGGCAAGCUUGUGAUGCGCGAUUUGCAGUCCGCUGCGACGGCGGCGUUGGAGUAUUACGCGUUUAUUGGUGAUCCUGUGAAUGCUUAUCGUGUGCACCCCAACCGACCCAACAUCAUCGCCUACGCAGGAAAAGAGCGCGAACUUGAAAUCAGCCAGAUCACAAACGUCCAGACCGCCGAGGACGCGGGCGAUUCGUCGUCGUCGUCGUCAUCGAAAUGGUGUGUCGCACCCCCGCAGUAUGGCCCGUACAACGCGCACGAGCUGGCGCUGCAUAAACUGUGGCGCGCAAAGAACGUGAAGAACGACGAGCUUGAGCUGCGGGUGCCGGUGUGGAUCAGCGAUAUCAGGUUUCUGGACUGCGACCGCGCGGUGGACGCGCAGAGCUUGAAUGAUUUCCGAGUAGCGGUGACGACGCGGUUCGGACACAUCCGGCUGUACGAGACUUCAAAGUCGCGGCGGCCGCUGGUGAACGUCGAGGUGGGCGAGCAUCCGCUUGUGGCGCUUGCGCCGACGGCGAAGGAGAACGAGGUUGUCUUUUGCGACACGCAUGCGGUCACCGCCAAGUUCGACGUCACGACCGGGCGCAAGAAUAGCCAUUUUUCGGGGUCGACGGGGUCGACGCUUUGUCUGGAUACGUUGCUGCCGAGUAAGAUUAAAGAGGAGGAAGAAGAGGAGGGUGAUGGUGCCGCGCCGUCGACUUCUGCGGAUGUUGGUUUGCUGGCGACAGGAGGUCUGGAUAGGUAUCUACACGUGUACAACCUCGAGACGAGACAGUUAGUAGGCAAAGUCUACGUCGGCACAAAGUUGUCUGCGAUCAGUAUCGUUGACGGACAGAGCACGGACGGCACGGUGUCUGAGCGGGAGAGCGAGUACGAGGACGAAGACGGGAAGAAGAUGAAAGUGAAGGACGAAGAGGACGCGGCGGGCGGGAAGCGGUUCAAGAAACGGAAAACCGGCGGCGAGGAAGGCGAGGAUAAUGGGUCGGUGAGCGAUCCUGGAAGUACGGCGUCGUCAGCGAACGCGAAGCAUGUUCGGUUUGAGAACGGGAGCGAGGAGGAGGAUGACGAGGAGGAGGACGAGGAGGCGGUGUGGCGGAUGCUGGGCGAGGAUGGUGAUUUGGAGACGAUUGAGAUCAAAGCCGAUGAUGAUGACGUCGAGGAUGAUGAGGAAGAGGAAGAGAGAGGAGCGAGCAGUGAAAGCGCUGCUCGAGGAAGCCAGAGUGCAGGUGGAUCAAGUCGGUCGAGGAGUGGACGGAGAUCAAGGACGGCUUCGAGACGGAGGUAGAUUUACUGCCACGUCGAGGUGAAUAUAUUCUCUAUAGUUUAUCUACGUAAG